GCUGGGUGUGGGGAGUUACUUGGGAAAAUGUAAGGAGUUACAUAAAGAGAAACGGAUCCGGGAGAGAAUCCUGAAAUAUGGGGAAGAACUUCGGAAGGUGGGGAGAUAUGUGCAUAGGAGUUUAAGGCGAGUUAGGGAGAAAUACGUAGAGGUGUCGAACCGGAGGGAGGUCUUACGGAAACAAAGGGCUAAGUUAUUCGGUUGCAAGAAGGGGACUCCAAUUCAAGAUAUUUUCAUGCUAUGGCAACCAUCGAAAGAGAAAGAAUAG